UUUCACAACCGUUAGUGAGGUGUUGCCGCUUCGCCCAUCUCUCUCCUUUACUGGACAUACCCCUUGGCCAUAGAGCUUUAUUUAGGCUAUUAGAGGAUAGAAAGGAAAAAAAAAACCCAUCACAAACAUUUAACCAGUGUCAGUGGGAAAACACAGAAAUGAUUGGAAAUACACCGGCAUGUUAACGUGAUUGUCGCUGAGGAGUCCAAAUCCAUCUGUGCGUCACAGUUUCACAUCGGCUGCGUGUACACCGCUCACAUUUGGCACCGUCGUGGUCUGGGCAAAAUCUUGUAACAACAAAAGCCAAUAGUUCAGUCAUGGAGUUGAGUUCAGUGGUGUUAACGACUGGGGGCUCCGUCGGAUUCUUCAGACUUGUCAACGCGGGGGUCGGGAGGCUCCCCGUACCCGAAACCGCCCGCAGGAACGCAUGGAAAUGGAGAAAUAUCGCCACAUCGUUUGUGCACAGUUUUAUCACUGCAAUAUGGGCAGUGCUUUGCUUUUUCCGUCACCCACAGAUGGCAGAGGAUUUGAUAGAAACCCACUCCAUGUUUUCUCAUGCUUUGGUGUCGUUUUCCAUUGGUUACUUCAUCUAUGACUUCCUUGACAUGGUACUCAACCAGAAGCUGAGUCUGUACUGGGAGCUUCUCUUUCAUCACAUGGUGGUAAUCACCUGUUUCGGCCUCUCCGUGCUGUCCUGCCGCUACGUGGGCUUUGCCGUGGUGGCCCUGCUGGUGGAGAUAAACUCCGUGUUCCUCCACCUCAGGCAAAUGCUGCGCAUGGCCAGCAUGGCCGCCGGCACGCUUUACCGAGUCAACAGCAUGAUCAACCUGGGCACGUACGUGGUGUUCCGCAUCAACACGCUGGCCUGGAUGACCCGCUGGCUGGUGCUCAACAGGGACAAGGUACCCCUGCUGGCCUACUCGCUGGGCAGCGUGGGCUUAGCCAUCAUGACGGUGAUGAAUAUCGUCCUGUUUUAUCGCCUACUCAAGAGCGACUUCUUGAAGAGCAGCACCCGGGAGACGAAGAAAGAGAAGGAGAUGUAGGGACGAGGGGAGGACAGAGCACAAGAAGGAUUAAAUUCACAAACACUCCUGUCAGUUACUGUACGCUAACGACCCACGCGGAUGUGAUUUGGUACUCUCUGCUUAUGUCUGAUUUACUCUGUCUGUCAGACUGUACAGGUUCAUGCAUACCAGGUGUAAUCAGAUAGCCUUACUUGAACACAUAUUACACCCUGUCCUUACGCUAACAAGCUACAUUUAGUUGUCUUUUUAACUUCUGUACUUGUGUGUAGUCCAAUCAUCCUUAGGUGCCAUUAGUGGAUCACUAAUGGAAGCUGGAGGAUUCUUUUGUAAAAUCAAAACGCCUAAUUGUCCUGCAGGGUGUUUCAUCUGGACCUGGUUUACUGUCGCUUAUUGAGACGCAGUACAAUGAAACCUCCAACACUCAUGUACUGCCAUAGAAAACAUUUCUACAAUUUCUUUAUACAAAUCGCGUUAUAUCAUAAGAACAACAUUGUAUUCAUAUAUAUUAUAUACAUAUUAUACAGUUCUGGAUUAUUUACAAUAACAUCUAUUUACCACUGAGUAAAAAAAAAACCAGUGGGAUCCAAACCUUCUUGCUGUUUAACACUCACACUGCAGGGGUGAAUAUCUUUUAAUUUUACACCAAAUCACCUCAACUAAAAACCGCCUGCUACCUCAGAAAGCUUGUAACUCUUCUCUGCCUCUUUCUAACAAACUUUGCCUUCAGUUGUUCGGCAGGGUCUUUGACGUUAAAGAAGAAAACACACAACUAUUUGAAGACUAUAAUUGUCAACGGAGGAAGGAUAUAAAAGUAGAAACCCAACCCUGACUUGACAAAAGGAUAGGGUAAUGAAUGAAUAUGUGAUGAGAUUUUACAUGGAUGACAUCAUGAAAAACUGUGAUAUUCGGGGGGCUAAACACCUGUUGCCUCUUUUUGCAAUGCCAAAUUGUAUUUUAACACUUAUAGGAAAAAGGAUUGAUCAAACACAGCAGGCUUUACAUUAAUUAUAAGUACUGUAUUUAUUGUGGGUUCUUUCCUUUAGGUAAGAUUGGUCAAAGGUACAAAACAUGUCAUUGUGCUUGUAGAUUUUGGAGGAACACAUCAGAUCAAUUAGAUUCUGACCUGACUUGCUUUUGAUUAAAUUAUUGUGGCAGCAAGACCUCCAUUGAGCCAAUACUAAUGCCAUUUGUAGAGAGGUCUGUGCUGGUAUACAGUCUGCAGUAGGAGCUUUCAGACUGGAGGAUGUUGUCGUUUUCCAUUUAGCCUGAAGAGGGCAGCACAGUUCUCAACAUCAUGACACACAUGGACACCAGAGAUGUCUUCAUUUUGUACCGUCUUUAAAGAUCUGCACCGCUGCAUUAGGUGCAUUAGGGCAGAUAGGCCGUCUGAGAUCUGUGAAUACAGCGGACUGUUUCACAUCGUCUGCAACAAAGGCUGUACACUCUUGAUGCCUUUCAUGGUUGUGUUAUUGCUUUUUGUGUAUAUUCGUUGCUGGGGGUUGAGUUUUCUAUAUUUGUAAUUUAUUUGUACCUAAAAGAAGAUUUUAAUUGAAGUUAAAAGUGAAAUGAAUUGUUAGAAACAGUUGAUUACAGUGGAACUGAAUUGUUGUAAGUCGUGUUUUAUGAAGGGCAUUGUGCCACUUUGGGUCUUAAUUUUUUUCAAGGUGAUAUUUUUGAUUGUUCAUAGUCAUCUAAACAGUAAACAGUCCAUAUUUAGACCCUAAAAUAAGGCUAUGAACAUACUGUAUUUACUUGGAGUUGAUAGAAAGUCGUUAUAAACAAAGAAUUGGUGGUUGGUGCUUUAACUCAAGGGAUACAAACACAGUCUCCAAAUUUAAACUCAAGACAUCACUGCACUAAUGAAGAAGCACUGUUGGUAAAGUUUGAAUUAUUGUUGUUGUGGCUUAUUCCUACAUGCCUUUUUUGGUCACGAGUAAUAGAGCAGUAGUCAAUUUUGAUCAUAAAUGUAGAUUUCUUCUUUCAAUUUUUUGACAUUGAUAGGGCAGCUGAACUCUGUGGUUGUAGUGACGACAACUGGUGGCUAGAAGUUCUUUCUGACAAGCGAGAAGCUUAUAUUUGUGAAUGUGUCGUAAACGGCUCUAAUGUUUUUGUGAUUCUAAUGUAUGAUUUGUCAUUUUGUUGCUUUUCAGGAAUUGUGGUAAAACUUAGCAGCCAAGUUGAGAUUUCUUCCUCAUGUUAAAGUCUCAAAGACCGUGAGGAGUCUUAGGCCAAAAACAAACAAGCUGCUGUACCGCUCUCUAGACUCUGAUGCCUCUUCUCUUAGCUCCAUCUUUUGGUUCGAAUUUUAAACUAUGUGAUUCUCCUAAACGCCACAGGAAUAUGCUAUGAUUUUAUAUCUGUGGGUAGUGGACACAAGGAAAAGAUUGCACAUUUCCACAUGUGAUUGCAGAGGAAAGCAGAGGUUGUGAACUCGUAUUGCAACACUCGCUCAUAUUCCUCUUCUUACACAGUAAAGGGUGGUGGUUGACUGGAUUGGCACUUAUCUUUUUUUAAUAGCUCCAUUAUGAGAGGAUGAGAAGAUAUCACUUUCCUCUUCUAUGAUAAACAAACUAAUACCAGCUGUACAUCCUCUGCUGAAACUCUGUGCUUUGUUAAUUUUUAAAUUUAUUGUUAUAAUAAAAAAAAUAAAAAAAAGAGAUUAUUUCCACUGCAGCGUUUUCAGUGACGGAAGUCAACAAGAACAGAAGAGCUGAGGUUGUGGAAGCAAACUCCUCUGCUUUCUCUGGUCAUCAGACUGUCACGUUUCACAGACUUUUUGCCUUCAUGCCUCAAUAUGACUUUUUUUUUUUUAAUGUUCUGGCAGAGAUUGUUUUGUAAAAAUAACUCAAAUUUCUAUGUUUAUAUAAUAACAUUAUUUGUUUAACGUGAAAAUAAAGAUGGAAGUAAUACA